AUGGCUACGUCCAUUUGUCCCUAUUGGCUAUCGACCCUAUCCGAAAUAAUAGUAUUACCAAUCUAUCUACUUAAUAUAUAUAAUAUCAUAUUCAUAUACAAGCAUGUUAUAAAAGUUGUAUAUUUAUUUUUAUUUAUAUAAUUAUUGUUGUACCAUUAUCAAUUUGAACUCCUAAAAUGCUAUAGAAAACCAAUUAAGAGGACGCCAUGUGUUCAUCUUUGAAAGCAUACAACAUGGCAAAUUGUAUGCGAAUCGACCUAUUAUUAUACAAUUUGAAGAUAGUUUUAUUAUCCAGGAUAUUUCGUGGCUUUUAUUGAUACUUUAAUUAUAAAGCAAGUUCUAAUCAUUUCAAAACUUAUUUUUUUUGUAAUUAUCAAACUGAUCAUAACUUGUUUUAAAAUUUAAAUAUCAUUGAAAUAACUUUUGUGAUAUUCUUGAUAACCCCUUGAUAUUACUUUAAAUUGUUCAAUAGAUCAAUUCCCUCUAAAAAAUGAUUAUUGUGAACGUAAAAUUUGUGAUGUAAAAUUAUACGUACAUGCUAGAAUGCGGAUGUGGCGUUCUCUACUAUUUGAGAACCCGAGUUGCAGUCGAUAUAAUAUUGGUUCAUAUUUAAUAAAAUUUAUUUUUUUCUUUAAAUUUUGAUGAAAAUAACAUUUUAUUAAAUCACUAUUCUAUACCUACAUUAAAAUAAAAAUAAUAAAUCAUUGAAUUGAAUUAAAAUAUUUUAAUAAAUUAUAAUUUUUCAACUUAUACAGUAAUGGAGUGCGAUUUAAAUACAGAAUUGGCCGUUACAUUAAUACGAAACAAACCUGUUGGAAUGGAUAUAGUAGAUUAUGUUACUAGUGUUCAGUCAAAAAUCAUGAAAGAGGAGAGUGAUUUGUUUUUCCAAGAAUUUUUAUGCGAUUCUGAACCGAACAGACUAUUUGAUCAACAGGACAUUAAAGAAAAUGCGUCUCUGUCUCCGUCCUUCGCGGAUCAUCAAAAUCUUGAAAACUCGUACAGUAUGCUACAAGAAAAAAAAACCAAAACUGACUACGGAAUAUUGUCAGUUAGUAACUGUUCAUCUAACUUUAUUCAAAAAUCAAAUACAUGUUUAAUUCAACCUAUUAUUACUAUGAACACUUUGAACGAGAUGUCUAGGACUCAAAUUGAUUCUGGUUAUAAUACAAACGAUUUAAAAAUGAGUUUUCCGGAUACCAAUUUAAUACCUACUGAAAUAAUGUCACAGUCAAUACAACAAGCUUUAGAUCUUCUUAUAAAUACAUUAUUUGAUACUUCAAAAUUAAUAGAAACGGUUUGUAAUUGGGACGAUUCUAAUAAUCUUGUAAGAUAUUUCGUCGACUUGAUUGCGAAUAUUGCAAAAAAUGAUGAAUUUGGGUUUACUUGUCGAGAUGAUGUAAUAACAUUCGUCCAAAAUACAGCAUUUACAAUUUUAAACAAGCAUCACUUAUACAACUCUAUUCAUGUCGAGUACCAAUGUAAUUUACUCGCUAAGUUUUGCUACGACAAAUAUAUUCGAUGGAAUAUUAUAAAUUUACUUGUAAAUCGUCUUAAGAUUGAUGUUCAGAUUGUGCCCAAUUCCGGUUCACUUCGAAGCAUUUUUUACACUUUUCACUUGAUAGAUAAGUUGUUGUAUAAAACUGAUUUUCAUGCUACUAACGGUAUAAAUAAAAAAAAUAACAGUUUAAUUGAUUUGUGGAAAAUAAACUAUGUAAAGCAAAAUGGAAACGAAAACGAAACGAUUGAACAAAUGUUAAAAGAGUGGAAAAAUUUAUUGGAACAUAUUUCAAUGGAAGCUUUAAAGAAAAAUGUAUUUUUAUUAAGUAUAAGAGCAAAUCAAUGUUUAGAGGCUCUAAAGUUAAUAAAACCUAAGUAAUAUAGUUUUAGUGUUUUGA